AUGCAAAAUGGGCCAAGUCCAACAUCUUCUACCACAGGGAAAACUAAAAACGGUAGAAAAUUUACCAAUCCGAGAAAUGUGACAGCCAAAACUGUAGUGAAUAAAACCAAGAUUGUAGUGUCCGUCUCCACUCGUGGAAUUCACCUCGGCAACGGCAACGGCGACGGCGACGACGACGAAAACGACCACCGCGACAGCCUGCAGCCACCGUCUGGAAAGCUGCCAUAG